AUGGCGAUCAACGACGACAAGAGGCGGCCUGCCGCUCUCAACCUUCAACCCGUGCGGUCAGCAUCCACAGAUUCCUCCUCUUCCACAUCAUCAAUAGGCAAGCCACCAAGGACACCACGCUUCGCCGAGGCCACCAGCAUCCACUCGCCCGUCGAGUCGACAGGCAACGGUUUUGGAGACAGGAACGUGGUUCCCCAGUCACAGCCAGGGGACAUCGGGUUCGGAUACAUCAGCAACCAGCGGGAAUCCGUCGCCGUACCGAUGAGCCCGAGAUCACCACUCAAGAGCGCCAUGAAGGCGCCCGGAACACCAGGCCGCGGCCUAAACCCCCUCAGCCCAACCUUCAGGGAAGAGCAGAUGCUGGAGAAGAGGGAGGAGAUGACGGAGAAGGAGCAGCAAAAUGAUUUGAAAAUCAAGACACGGGUGCGGCUCGCCAAGGUAGCACUGCGGAGCGUCAACUUUAGCUGCAGUCUGAUCGUGCUCUCCAUGCUCGGGACCUCCUUCGCCAUCUUCAACGCCACCAAGGCUCUCCCAGCCCAGAACAACCUCCCGGCCUGGGCAACGAACACCAGUAUCUGGCCACAAUGCCUCGUCCUCGCCGCAUCGUGCCUGUCCCUGCUCAUCUGCAUCCUCGUCUUUGUUGGAUACUGCCGCGGCGGCCACCGAAGGGCCGAGAAGGUCGGAGUCUACUACACGCUCUUCGCCGUCGGCUGGUUCAUUGUCAGCAUGGUCAUGUGGGUCCUCGCCAUCGCCGUCCUGCAGAACUCGAGGAACAACAGCAACAACAAGGAUAUGUGGGGAUGGUCUUGCGUCAAGAACACCCGGUCACAGCUCUUUUCCAACCAGGUCGACUACGCGCUGGUUUGCAGACUCCAGAACUGGUCUCUGAUCUGCAUGAUCAUCGAAGUUGUCAUCGAAGUGAUCUCCAUCACCCUGUACUCGAUCGUCUUCUACCGUUACCACACCAAGAGAAAGCUCAUGAAGUCCAUGGACAUGCGCGACAAGGCCCGAUCCGACCUCUACCUCGCACAGCUCCGAACCCAGUCCGCCCCCAACACCCCCGGCUUCGGGCCCAAGUCCCCCGGCUUUGCAUCCGUCUACGGGCCCAAGUCACCAGGCGGGUACUCCCAGCACGCCUUGUCCCCACGCCUGCCGCCCUCCGCUGCGUUCCGCUCCCUGGGCGACAUCGAAGAGGGCAACCCAUUCACUCCCGGCGGAAAGCACAUCCCCGAGCCAGCAAGCACCUUCGCCCAGAAGUCCGAGAAGCCUUUCAAGCUCCAGGCCCCUCCGGUCAAGGCACCCAGCGCGACCCCCAAGGCUGGUACCAAGGAGUCCUUCUCGCCCGUCGAGGGUCCCAGCCCCACAGCCUCUUGGCCAUCCUCAUCGACACCGCCACCCAACGUGCCCUCAAUCACCGUCAACGAGCACGGUCACGGUCCUGCUUCGGCAGACGAGCCUGUGUAUGAGAGCGUGCCGAUUCCUGGUGCAUACGCUGGUCAGGCCAUCAAGAGCCCACCACCAGCACAGACAAGCUUCAACAUGAGGUAA